GCUAGACAAGAAAUCGAAGGAUUUAGUCCUGGCUGAAAAUAAUGCUCGAAUGUAUGAGAGCAGAUGUUCAGAACUCAAUGGUAAAUACAACACGGCUAUAUUAGAACGAAAAAAAGCAACGGAUGAUUGCAAGGAAUUAGAGAAAGAGCUGAAUAAGCUCAGGAGACAAUUAGAAGAACUUCGCAAAAAUCUAGAGGAAGAAACAUUAGCUCGUGUAGAUGUUGAAAACAAUUUGCAGAGCUUGAAGGAGGAACUUGCUUUCAAAGAUCAGGUUUAUCAGCAAGAACUCACAGAAACUCGCAAGCGACGUCAAGUUGAAUUAAGUGAAAUUGAUGGUCGUCUUGCGGAACAAUAUGAAGCGAAAAUGCAAGAGACAAUGCAGGAACUUCGCGAUCAGUAUGAGGGACAAAUCAGUUCAAAUCGCGCUGAAAUUGAAGCCAUAUAUGAACAAAAGAUCAAAAAUUUACAAGGCAUGGCUACUCGCAACAGUGGUGCUGCUACAGCAGCAAUUGAAGAACUAAGACUAGCCAGAACUAAGAUCGAUGGUUUAUCCAGCCGCAUUAAUGAGUUGGAGGCUUCAUACAAUGCUGCUAAUCAACGCAUUAGAGAAUUGGAAAAAAUGCUGGAACACGAGCGUAUGCGUCAUUCUGAUGAUAUGCGUGUAUUAGAAGCGGAAUUGACUCGUCUUCGCGAGGAAAUGGCUAGGCAAUUGCAAGAAUAUCAAGAUCUGAUGGAUAUCAAGGUCAGCUUAGAUAUGGAAAUUGCUGCUUAUAGGAAGUUGUUAGAAGGAGAGGAAGCCAGAUUGAACAUCAGCCAACAAUCAGGAUCGGGAAAGUCUGAGGCCGGUCGCAGCACCCCCCUGAUGUCACGUCGUCCUCCAUCACGCCUAGGUGGAAAACGUAAACGCACUUUACUGGAAGAAUCGCAUGAAAGCAGUCUUAGUGAAUUUACGGAGCAUGCAACCUGCAAAGGAGAUAUUGAAAUAACAAAAAGUGACACGGAAGGACGUUUUGUUAAACUUACAAAUAAAGGAACCAAGGAAGUUUCUCUUGGUGGCUGGCAAAUUACCCGAAAAGCAGGUGAUGCUGAAACUGUGUUCAAAUUUCACCGUACUCUCAAACUUGAGCCUGGAGCAAGUACUACGGUUUGGUCAUCCGAUGAGGGACAAGACCAUGAACCUCCCAGUAAUAUAGUUAUGAAGGGACAAAAAUGGUUUGUUGGUGAUAACAUUAAUACAUCAUUGGCCAACAGUAAUGGAGAGGAAAUCGCAACAUCUGAACUUGUGCGAAAUAAGUUGGCGAGUCGUUCUUCACGCAUGCGAGAUUCUGGAUUUAGAUCUCUUGGGUCUGAAGAACUUUAUCAUCAGCAGGAAGAUCCGCAGGCUGCCCAAGAGAAAUGCCGAAUAAUGUAAAACUUGUACUACAAGAUGUCUAUCACAAAAUUAUACAGCUUUUAUAUUCUUAAAAAGAAAAUAACUUAAUUGAA